CUGUUCUCUCUCUCUCUCUCUCUCUCUCUCUCUCUCUCUCUCUCUCUCUCUCUCUCUCUCUCUCUCUCUCUCUCUCUCUCUCUCUCUCUCUCUCUCCCUCUCACACACACACACACACACACACACACACACACACACACACACACACACACACACACACACACACACACACACACACACACACACACACACACACGACACACACACACACACAUACACACACACACACACACACACACACAUACAGAGACGCCUCAAGAACACAGAGCGCACGAGCGUCGCGCCUGUCUCUUUAAAGAAUAGACUCCCAGAUUGGCGAGGAUGUGUUGCGGACUGCGGGGUGUGUGCAGUUCAGCGUGUGGACGUCAGUGAGCUGACGGCUAGCGGCAGAAGAGUCAGCCAGCGGGGGAAAACCUCCAACUAAACCACACAGACACAUUGCAGACUAGUUUUCGGGAUUCUUACAUGACCUGGAUCUUCCCAUGACGAUGAUGACGUCCCGAUGAGCUGACCACCGCGGUGUGGGGACCACGCGAGCACACAGAAAUGACUCUUGACUGACUACACGCUUACCUAUAAGACGGACCAAUUGUUAAGGGGUCGAUGAGUUGCCAAAGUUUUGCGGCGUGAUAUCAUCCACUCUAGUGUUUCUCUCAGUGGGGAUUGUUGGAUCGCUUUGGCCGACCUGGUGGGCACGUUUUAGACAACUCUCACUCCGGAGCGAGGGGACCCGCGGAGGAGCGAGUAGCGGACCUGAAGCCGAGAUGAUGGACGUCCACCCCGGGAUAAUUCUGCUCCUGAUUUCCUCCUCCGUUUCUGUCGCCUCAGGGUCCAGGUCCCGCUUCGAGGACUCGCCGCCCCGCAUCGUGGAGAACCCCUCGGACCUGGUGGUCUCCAAGGGCGAGCCCGCCACCCUGAACUGCAAGGCGGAGGGCCGUCCGGGGCCCCUGAUCGAGUGGUACAAGGACGGGGAGCGCGUGGAGACGGACCGCGACGACCCGCGCUCCCACCGCAUGCUGCUGCCCAGCGGCUCGCUCUUCUUCCUGCGCAUCGUGCACGGCCGCCGCAGCAAGCCCGACGAGGGCGUGUACACCUGCGUGGCGCGCAACCACCUGGGGGAGGCCAUCAGCCGCAACGCCUCGCUGGAGGUCGCAAGUAAUGCGGUGUGGUGUCUCCAGUCUGAGGCUCCUCGCCCCGAACAGACGCCCGACUGUCAGCAGCACGGGGUGCCCCCGCAGAUCUCCAUAAAGCCUCGCGACCAGAUCGCAGCCCAGGGAAAGAGCGCCACCUUCCAAUGUGGGACGACCGGGAAUCCUCCGCCCGCCAUCUUCUGGCAGAAAGAGGGCAGCCAGAUGCUGCUGUUCCCUGGCCAGCCGCCCUCCCAGUCAGGCCGCUACUCGGUCUCCAUGGGGGGGCAGCUGGGCAUCGCCGACGUCCACCCGGAGGACGCCGGCUUCUACAUCUGUCAGGCCAUCAGCGUGGCAGGAAGCGUGCUCACCAAGGCCCUGCUGGAGGUGGAGGGGGGUCCUUCCGGUCACAUCCCCCCAAUCAUCCGCCAGGGCCCAGCCAAUCAAACAGUGUCGCGUGGCACCGCCGCACAACUCCAUUGCCAUGUCAUUGGUGGAUCGUCCGUCAGGAUUUCCUGGGAGAAGGAUGGAGAGGGAGUGGAGGGAGAUAAACCUCGCACGACCUUGAUGGAAAAUGGCACGUUGCAAAUCACCGACGUAAAGGAGACCGACUCUGGGAUGUACACGUGCACCGUGUCCAGCACCAAGGGGGAGUCCAGCUGGAGCGGCAUGCUGACUGUCAGAGAAGACGCGUCGAUGUCCCGCGUGUCCGAGUCCAUCCAGCUGCCGGGACCGCCGCAGAAGCCCGUGGUGACGGAGGUGACCCGCAACACCGUCACCCUCACCUGGCAGUCCAACCCCCACGAGGGCGGAGCCGCCGUCACCUCCUACAUCAUCGAGGCCUUCAGCCAAUCAGUGGGCAGCGCCUGGCAGACCGUAGCGGACCACGUGAAGCAGGAGAGACACACUGUGCUAGGACUCUUCCCCAACACAGUUUAUCUGUUCAUCGUCCGAGCUGUCAACUCGUACGGCCUCAGCGACCCCAGCCCCAUCUCAGAGCCGGUCAGAACCCAGGACGGCAGCCCCACCGAGCAGGGAGUGGACCACAGGCAGGUGCAGAAGGAGCUGGGCCAGGUCUCUGUCUACAUGCUGAAGCCCGUGGUGCUGUCCCCUUCCAGCGCCAAGAUCUCCUGGACCGUGGCGCGCCAAUCGCGCUACGUGCAGGGCUACCGCGUGUUCUACCGGACCAUCGGCAGCUCCUGGUUGGUGCAGGACGUGGAGUCCGCCCCGGAGCAGAGCACCAUCCUGGCCGAGCUGCGCGGCAACACAGAGUACGAGGUCAAGAUCCGGCCGUACUUCAACGAGCUGCAGGGCGUGGACAGCCUGAUGGUGGGCCUGCGGACCCCCGAAGAGGUGCUGUGCGUGCCCCCCCAGGCCGUGUCCGUGGUGCAGCUCAGCAACAGCUCCAGCAUCAAUGUGUCCUGGGAGCCCCCCCCCCACAGCACCCUGACCGGCAUCAUCCACGAGUACCGGGUGUGGUGUCUGGGGGCCUCGGAGAGGGGGGGCCAGAUGAACCGCACGGUGGACGGGGCGGUGCUGUCCAUCCUGCUGACGGGGCUGCUGCCGGGGGUCCGCUACAGCGUCAUGGUGGCGUCCGUCACCGCUCUGGGCGAGGGCCCCCCCAGCCCGCCAGUCGACCUGCUGCUCAGUGCUCCGGGGUCCGACCGGACCUCCGUCCCGGGGGAGACGGAGCGGGCGGGGCCGGGCCUGGGGGAGCAGAUCACGGGGGUGGUGCGCCAGCCGGCCUUCAUGGCGGGGCUGGGGGUGGCGUCCUGGGUGGUGCUGAUGGGCUUCAGCGGCUGGCUGUACUGCCGCCACCGCCGGAGGAAACAGCUGGGCCACUACACCACCUCCUUCGCCUACACCCCUGCAGUCGGCUUUCCUCAUGGAGAAGGAUCCGGAAUCAUCAACGGAGGGCCAGGCAUGUUGGGAUCAAACAUGGGCACCUACCCCUGGCUGGCCGAGUCCUGGCACGCCUCGAAUCUAAGCCAGCAGAGCAAGGAGUCUGUCUACCCCUGUUCCAGCAAGCUGGGGCCCCCAGAUAGAUACUUCACCGGAGGCGGCCUCCACAACUUCCCCAGCGCCCAGUCGGAGAAGUACAGCUCCAAGUCCAGCGACAGCCCCAUCUACAGCACCAUCAACACGGCGGCGGAGGAGGACCUGCUCACCUACUACGACACCUACUCCAGCGUGCCCUACUCCCUGGGCCCCGACCCCUACGCCAGCAGCCCCGUGCUGACCCACAGCAGCCUGGCGGGGCUGGAGCAAGGCCUGGACCAGUGGACCAUCCAGGCCGGUCAGUCGGGGGCCGAGUACGCCAAGCUCCAGUACUCCCGGACGACCAGCGCCAAAAAGGUGAAGCAACGUUCCAGUCGGCCGUCCAAGCCGGCUACCCUGAACUGGGUGGAUGUGCUGUCACAGCCCCUCCCCGCGGACAGAGACCUGGGCCAAGGCCAGAUGAACCCGCAGGACUGUCUCAGCACCGACGAAGACGAGGAGGACUGGUGCCCCCCCCUCCCGGCCCGUACCUACCUGAUGGACGAGGAGCUGGCCCUGAGCCUGCAGCAGUCCGCCGCCUCCCCCUCGCCCUCCCUGUCGCCCUCGCCCUCGCCCUCGCCGCCUUCCCCCCUCCCUCCCCAACGGCGUCGGACCGGCGACCAUCCCCCCCGGCAACGGCCCCUGGACCUCCUGGCGGCGCACCACCCUUCCUCCUCCUCCGCCGGCACCGCCACCAACGCCUCCGUCACCCAGUCCAACCCCGACCUGUUCUCCCCCAAGGAGGUGCCGGCCGUGGGCGAGCUAUACCACACCCUGCGCUGGCCCGGAGACGCCGAGGGGGCGGCGGACGCAGGGAAAGAGUUCAACCCCGCAGUCCAGGCGCAUAAAUCUAGACCCAAGAAGAAGCCCCCGAGGGACGGCCAGCAGCAACCGAGGAGAGAAGUACACACCCAAGCAGAUCUCCCCCCUCCGCCCACCCCCCCGCCCACAGAGCGGUCGGACGCGGCGGGCGGCGGCGGCGGCGGCCGGGCGACCGAGGGCGAGCGGGCGGCGGCGAGCGGGUCGCCCGCCGCCCAGCGGAGGCGCGGGUUGGUCUCGCCCCAGAAGAGAGGGCCCUCCAAGUGGCUGGCACAGGAUGAGAACGUGAUCCUGUACGGUCAGUCCUGCGCCCUGCCCAAGGUCCAGUCCUCCAGCUACGGGUCCCUCGGUGGGGCCCCUGUUCGGCCCGCCACCAGUCCAAGGGCCCCUGGCUCCGCCGAGAAGAGGAGAGAUGAGCCUGUUGCCAUGGCACCCUGAGAGAAGCGGGAAGAUGAAACGGAGGGAACACGCCAUGGCUUGCCACCUGCCUUUUUUUUACUCACUGCUGUUAUUUAUAUUCAAUUUUGGAUUUGAUAAUUUAUUCUAUUUUUUUGUGUGUUUGUUUAUUUAUUUAUUUAUUUAUUUUAGCUCUGCCACUGCGUGUAUAUUAAAAACAUCUUGCAAUGUGUAAAAGAUGUAAUCAAAUGUGCUACAAAAAUGAUAAAUGACAAAGAAAUACAGUAUUUUUAGAAAAAAUGGACAGAAGUAACUUUUACUAUUGUACAGCAAGAUUAUUGAAUGUAGCUUACGUUUGCUGUUUACUAAUAUGUAUUUUUUUUAUGAUAGAUUAAAACAUAUGGCAAAUGGAAUAAGUUGCAAAACGCCACUGUGUGUGUGUGUGUGUGUGUGUGUGUGUGUGUGUGUGUGUGUGUGUGUGUGUGUGUGUGUGUGUGUGUGUGUGUGUGUGUGUGUGUGUGUGUGUGUGUGUGUGCGUGCAUAGGUUUGUGUUCCUCUGUGCGUGCACAUUUGUUUGCGUUAGUGUCUGUUAAAGUUUAUAUUUGUGUGUAAAUGCGUGCUUUGUCCUUCCUAAUCACCAAUGUGAUAGUUCUGUCGAGAUUUGUAAACUGUACAAUAAAAGAUUUGUUACAAAACCGA